CUCGGACUCCUCCAAUCCAAAUAAUCCUUGCGAGCGGAGGAAGACGCAGCUCUAGAGAAAAUACAACCGCAAUUUGAGAGCAAGAUGGAGGAUUUUUCCUGUAUCGUUUCGAAAAAUUACUAAUGGUAGGAAGCAUGCGUGACUGCUCGACGGGUGCGCAAAAUGCUCGGGAGCAGCAGAAGAUGAGAACUUGAGGAGCUGCAACUUUUAUCGACUUUUGAGUCCUCCAUCAUUCUCGCGCCGACCGGUGGAUUGCUUGAAAUCAUACAAAACAGCACAAACUGUGGGUGUCUUUUACAUGUAGGUAAUGUUUUGUGGAGCAGACGGGAAACUGCUUUUGCUAGAACAAGGACGAGAAGAAGAUGUCUGGCUGGGCUUGGUGGUUGAAAAUGGAGAAUAAAUGAAAUCUCGGGAUUAAUUGACAUCACGACGACAGCAGAAUGAAGGAACGGGACCUGCGGGGAAUGUGCAGAAAGGCGCUGCUGCUGACUGUCUGCAUGGUGUCUCUUUGGGGACAACUGAGCAGCGCAUCGUCACACAGGAGCCACAUUGUUCACGUGAAGGCAGGAACCUGUGAGGUGAUCGCGGCACACCGAUGCUGCAACAAGAACAAGAUUGAGGAGCGGUCGCAGACCGUCAAAUGCUCCUGUUUCCCGGGACAAGUGGCUGGAACCACGAGGGCGGCUCCGUCUUGUGUGGAUGCGUCCAUUGUUGCACAGAAGUGGUGGUGCCAGAUGCAUCCCUGCAUGGAUGGUGAAGAGUGCAAAGUGCUGCCAGACUUUAAAGGAUGGAGCUGCAGUACGGGCAACAAAGUGAAGACCACCAAGGUCACACGAUAGUCGUCUGUUUGGGGCCAGACGUCGUUAAUUUCACAGUAGGACACUCGGAUAUAACUUUCUUUUUUCUUAGCAUUGUCAGAGACGAGAGACCAAUAAGAACUUUGGUCACGGCCAGUCCCUGAAAAAAGGACAGUGAAAUGGGGCUUCAAAUAAGGCAGUGUUUCCCAAUUUUAGCGUCAUCAGUAACUUGACUCUCCACCAAAUGUCUCUUUGUAAUAUAGUUUGACGCCUGUGGACCAGAGGACUCCAACAUGAAGAUAUUUAUUAGCUGAAAAGACUGUGGAUUAUAAUGACGCAGACAAAAAAAAAAAGGAAAGAAAAAAAACGUCAGAAGAAAAAUGUGAUGUGAUUACCUUUGUGUUUCUUCUCACCGCGUAGAGAUCCCAAGACUCUCAAUGCAUAUUUGUGUUGAAGAUCAAGUGAGAUAAGCAUUUUCAUUCCUUUUAGCCUUAUGAAGACGCUACAUUAUGUUUCAUCCAGUUGUUAGGAGAUCAAGUCGUCUUUGCAAAGACUUGUAGAAAUGGUGGCAGCGCUACGAUAAAAACAUUGUUUUUGUUUUUUUGCCAAAACGUAAACGAAAUGUACCUGUUGUUUUGAAAGCCUGACAACCACCAUCGAUUACAAAUGUCAGUAUUAUAUCAAUAAAUAAAAACUUAAUGGAUGAUGUUUGGAUUUGGUCGCCACAUUUCAAGCACUUUUUGAAGGUUAUGUUUUUCUCUACUGAAAAGUAAAUAGGGAGAAAUCCAUCCCAAAUCCGGCCCAGAGAGAGAGUGAUAAUUAUUUCUCACCCUGAAACACCUCGAUUCCUAUUUGAUUAGCUUCCAACCAGUAGUCUUCAUCUCAUAAGCCUUGUGUUUGUUUUGAGCUGUAGUUGAAAUAAUUCAUCCGGAUGUCUACAAAGAGGUUUUUCGUCUUUGUUGUUUUGGAUCCAAAUGAUUUCCCAACGGGCGCUGCGUCUCACCAUCGCCAAAAGUUGUCGGUCCAAAGACAAUAAAAGUGUCAGCUUGGAGGUGUAGGACAAGUGAGUUGAAUGAUGGAUGAACGACCAGAUCGAUCGAUGGGAGCGACUGGUGGGCAAGAACGAUA